UUUAGUGUGGUUGGUAGUGACAAGUGUAACAUUGAAAGCAACAAGAGUGAUUAUUCUUUGCUGCUCAUUUACUCACUCACUCACACUUUACCUGUGAAUGACACCGACAACUUAAUCCAAUAUAGAAAGUGAAACAACUCUCUUGGAUCACAAGUUAACAAGAAUGGACCUCUCAACCACACUCUUACAUUUGGAUCAGAUUCAAUUGGAUUACCAAAAAACAUGUGUUUAUCUGUCAUAAAAGAAACACAAUGAAACAACAUGUUCUGUUGGAUUGGACCCACUAAGUAGCAUCUUUAUGUGUUCCAUUCCAUCACCAUGUGAAGCAUCAUAAUUCAAAGGGAUGAUGAACAUAGACUUUUAAGGAUCCGGUUUUAAGGUUUGGAUUUCAACAACAUUGUGAAUCUAGUUAUGGAUCCAAGUUCUUGUCUUGAUCAUGCGCUUUUUCAACUCACACCAACAAGAACAAGAUGUGAUUUGGUGAUUGUUGCUGGUGGUGUGAGUGAAAGAUUAGCUUCUGGGCUGUUAGAACCUUUUCUUUCUCACCUUAAAUGUGCCAAAGAUCAGAUUUCAAAAGGGGGCUAUUCCAUCACACUACAUCCAGUUGGUAUAUUUGCUCCAUGGUUCACCAAAGCCACCCUGCAAAGGUUUGUUAGAUUUGUAAGCACUCCAGAAGUUCUAGAGAGGUUUGUGACCAUAGAAAAGGAGAUUGUGCAGAUUGAAGGUUCAGUUCAAUCAAGUGAGGCAGAAGGAAAUCUGUCAUAUGCUGAAGGGCGUGUCAAAAGGUCGACUAAUUCCUCCAAUCAAGACGGACAUGAAGAGAAUUCGAGGAUUCGCCUUCAACGUGUUCUAGACAAUCGUAAAGCUAUGCUUUGUAAAGAACAAGCAAUGGCCUAUGCACGUGCUUUAGUUGCGGGAUAUUAUCCAGAAUCAAUGGAUGAGCUUAUUUGUUUCGCCGAUGCUUUUGGAGCUUCGCGUUUAAGGGAAGCUUGCUUGAAUUUCUUAGAGCUAUGCAAACAAAAGAAUGAAGACAAGCUUUGGGUGGAUGAGAUCGCAGCCAUGCAGGUGUCUUCUCAACCCGUGUUGCCUUACUUGCGAACAUCUGGAAUCGUACUUGCGGGUGAAGAUGAGUCAACCCCAAGCCAUGCCAGUUUGGACAUUGGCCAAGAUGAUACCUUGCCAGCAUCAGGUCAAACUCCGUCAACCGAUGGAAGGGCUCAAAUACCAAAGUCGUGGCCGAAUCAUCAUCCGCAGUACAUUCACAAUUUUCAAGGUCAUGCAUUCCAACAAAUGCCUCCAUACCAAGGAUAUGUGUAUCCUGGUAUGCAGGUUCCUCCCUCUUCAUAUUUUCCGGGGAAUAUGCAAUGGCCUCCAAACGAGGGUCGGUCUCACAAUGAUAAAACAUCGUAUAAGAAAAAGAAGAAGAAGAAAAACAAACAAUCUCAAGUAGUGGAGCGCUCUGAAGAAGAUGAAUCAACUACAUUGUCUGAGUCUAGCUACGAGAGUGAUUCGGAUGUUGAUUCAAAGCAAAGCAAAAAGAACUCGUCAGCGGAGCGUAUGCACAAAAAGAAGCAUGGAAAGAAGUCCUCGCGGAAAGUAGUUAUACGUAAUAUAAACUAUAUAACCUCUAAAGGAGAUGGUGAAAAGGGUAGUGUCACAGACGGGAGUUUGUCGAACGAGGAAGAAUUUAUCAAUGGAGAUUCCUUGAAACACAAGGUAGAGGAAGCUGUUGCGUCUUUUGAGAAAAGAAACAAAUCAAACCCACGUCACCAUAAGAAACAACAUACCGCAAAACACCUUGGCAGUGUAAAUGAUUCAACUGUUUCUGAUUCCAAUGGCAUAAAAGACGGUAACAAUUGGGAUGCUUUCCAGAAUCUUCUUUUGAUAGACGAGGAAGAUUCUACGCGUGAUACAGAAAAACAGCCGAUGAAGUUUGAGGAAGAGUAUAUGCUGAACAAAAAUUUUGAAGAUGGAAGGUCAAAGGAAUUUAACAGCGAAGCAGGCUUUGCUAAAACUCGAGUAGUUUCAAAUGAUUCAUUUGUUGUGACACAAAGGGAAUUGAACAAUGAGGGUCGAAAUCGCGUUGAAUACUUCAAGGAAGGGAAGGAUGAACCUACAUUUAUGCAGAAAAAUAAAAGUACCGAAGAGGAUUUGAUGUUUUCUCGGAGAAACGAAGAACCUGGUAGAUAUUAUGUGUCUUCUUCAGCUACAGAUGGUUUACCUUUAGAGAAAAACAAGAAAGACAUUUUGGCUGACGACUCUUUCAUGAUUCAAGCUCGAUCGUCGGAAACUAAAUCUAAUUCCCAAUCAGUUGUUAACAUAAGUUCGGUAUCAGACAUUGUCGGCACUACUGAAUUCACAAACGGAACACAAGAAGGUUCACACAAGAAGUCUGAAACCUUAACUUCUCGCGAGCCGGAUGAUCUCCUGAUGGUUCUUGAUCGCGAUUCAGCUGUGGAGCAGAAUGCAACACCCUGGAGAAUGGAAAUGGAUUAUGAAAACAACAUUGCAUUAUCUGAAGCAAAUAAAAAGCCUUCUGACGUUGGAACCGAUAGAAACCGUGCGUCUGAUCAUGAAGGCGCGGAUAAGAAAACUAGUGGAGCAAAAAAUGGGAAAAUUUCAAGUAAAGAUGCAAAGUCAAAGGCUCCAAAUGCAUCUCUUGGGAAAAGCAAGUCUGAUAUCAUGUCAAGAAGUAGAACAUUGCCGGGAAGCAGAACUACGGUUACGAAGAGCAAAUCCGAGAAGGAAGAAGAAACUAGAAAGAGACGGGAAGAGUUAAUGAUCCAACGACAGAAAAGAAUCGCCGAAAGAAGUUCCUCGAAGAAGACUGGAACAGAAACUAAGAAAGGGAAUCCUAAGAUUCAUCCAUCUAACGAAGAGACUAAGAAAUCGAACAAACCAGUCCUUAGGAGUUCCACCAUCAAUCGCCUCGCUACUGCCCGAGUAACUCAGCAGAAGGUUUCUCCGAGCCAACCAAAAUCAAGUCCAGCCAAGAAACCUUCCUUGAAGGCAAAUAAGGUGCCUUUGCAGAAGAAACAGCUCCCAAAAGAAGUCAAAUCUUCGAAUCCUAAAGCGAAAGUUCUAUCCGACACUAACGCGAAGACUAAGAUUGAAACAAAAGCCUCACUAGUGCUGCCUAUCAAACCUGUUGCCGCGAAAGCUGUUGAACAAAACAACAACAAUCAUGAUUUGAAAGUCAUUGAAGAGGUAUCCAAGGCAUCACCAGAGAAACAUCCAAGAUCUUUGAUUUCAGAAAGAGAAACCCCGCAUGAAAAUAUGCGCCACCUUCGCACGAACUCGUCUUUGCCAAAUCACGAUCAUCCGUCCGGAGGAAACCAGUCUAGAGGUGAAGAAGUAUCAGACAAGUUACCUUCACUUCAUGGUGAUAACAUGAUCACAGCUUCUUCUACUGCUGCAUUACCUACCAAACCAUUAAUAGAUGAAAGUUAUGUUACUCCACCUAAAGUCUCGGAGAUACAAAUUUCUACACCUCCGCCGAGUAACCAAGAAUCAAUCCACAACAGGAAGAAAUGGAUCAAUGAGGAGGAGGACUCUUCAAAAGCGGCGAAAGGAUUCCGUAAGCUUCUCUUCUUUGGAAGAAGGAGCUGAAGAACCUUUACUAAGGCUAGUUAUGAGUUUUCUUUGAUCAACAGAAAGUGUUUGGCAUGUUGAAUUAUUUGUUGUUUUUGGACACACUCAUUCAUGUGGAAGAUUGUAGAUAGUUUUCAGAUUCUCAUAAAUUUUUCUUGUUUCCUUGUAUUGUAAAUGGUAUUGAAAGUUGUGAUGUUUGCUUUCAUGUUGGUGUUCUUUAACAAUGUUGAAGUCAAUUUUCUGUGAGUAGUAAUUUUGUAAUUGUGUGUUGUAUCAUGGAGUUUAUUUUUAUCCAUUUUCUCAGUUUUAA